AUGGACUUCCGACCCGCUUCGCGUAUGGGCGAUGCAGAUGAGUCCAUAUUAGCCAAACCGUACCGACCGUUCUACCACAUCUUCGGAGGUCAGCCCAUCUUAGUAAAACAGAAUAAUGAUUACGACCGAGUAGCCUUCAGAGAGAGGCCGUGGUUUGGUGUACUGCUGUUCGAUAACGUGUCGUCGGAUGCAAGGGACCAUGCUGCGAAUGAACGAACUUUUCUUUCCUGGCUGAAGCUUAGUGUGUAUAUGGCCAUUGUGUCUGUAGCCAUCGUCCUCUCGUUUCACCUCAAGUCGGAACCCACCCCACUGGAAAAGCGUUUCGCACUACCUCUGGGCAUCAUCUUUUGGCUACUCUCUAUGGCAUGUCUGCUAUCAGGGUUGUCAAACUACAUUCAUACGAUCUCACGGUAUAGUCAGCGGCGAGCAUUGGUACAAACGGGAUGGAAGACGCAAGUCGUAUUCACGGUGGUAUCAAGUGCCAUCGUUGCAACAUGCAUACUGUUGCUUUCAACCAACGCAGAAAAGAGAAGGUAG